AUGUCUCCAGCAGUAUUCAUCGGACAUGCUGCGCAAAUAUCCCUCCUGGCCAUCCUCUUCUACGCGGGGUGGACAAUAACAUGCAACCGCUACCUCCACCCACUGAGCAGCUACCCAGGCCCCCUCCUCUCAACCAUCUCUCGAAUCCCAUACAUAAUAGCCUACACGCAGGGCCGCCUCCAUCUCUACGUGCGCACCCUCCACGACCUAUACGGCGACGUCGUCCGCAUCGCCCCUGACGAGCUGAGCUAUCGCGAUGAGCAAGCCUGGAAGGACAUCUACGGCCGCUCGAGCAAUUUCGCCAAGGACAUGCGCUUCUACCAGUUGUCGAAGAAAGCGGCGAGCGUUGCUGUCGCGCCUAAGGUAAUCCAUCGGCGGCAGAAGAAGGCUAUUCUGCCGGUGCGCGGGGAAGGGGAAGGGGAUGGGUAUGUGGAUCUGACGAAGUGGUUCAACUAUGUUAUCUUUGAUUUCAUGGCACACGAGCUGUUCGGGAAGCCACUUGGGUGUCUUGAGGAAGCGAGCUAUCAUCCAUGGGUGGAAGUGCUCUUUGGGACGGUCAAGGCUUGGGCGUUUCUUGCCAUCCCGAAAUUCUUUCCGUCUGCUGCGAUGCUGCUCAAGCCUCUCGUGCUCUUCCUAUGUCGGGACUCGUUGGGACAUCGCGAUACGAAGUAUCGUGCUCUCUCCGUGCACAUACCUGAGGGGAACGAGCAGAAAGAACCGGUCUUUAUGGCUCAUGUUCAGAACAGCAGUCGUAAUGACCCUGAAUCAGUCUUACUGCCGGACGAAAUGUUACCAAACUACAGUUUUCUGAUGAUGGCCGGGAGCGAAACGACCGCUACUCUGUUGUCCGGAUGCACAUUCUACCUACUAAAGCACCCACAUUCCUACCAACGGCUUACCGCUGAAGUGCGACAACGCUUUUCAGCGCCCACUGAGAUAAUCCUUUCAUCGCUAGCAGCGCUUCCAUAUCUUCACAGCGUCAUUACAGAGACAUUGCGGCUGUAUCCGCCAGUGCCACUGGGCAUGCCACGUACAGUCCCGGCGGGUGGCGCGAUGAUAUCCGGGCGAUAUGUUCCGGAGAAGGUUCUACAUAUCGCGCCUGUGCCUUUCAUAGGGUAUAAGCUAACAUAUUCGCAGACAACCGUCGCCGUCCCGUCAUGGGCUAGCUCCCGAUCCCCAUCAAACUUCUCCAGCCCAGACCAAUUCAUUCCAGAGCGAUGGCUGAACGAUCCGCCAUGUAUGAACAACGAUAAAAAGGCCGCUAUGCAGCCUUUCUCUCUAGGCCUAAGAGGCUGUCCUGGCAAAAGCAUGGCGUACAUGGAAGCCGGGCUCAUCCUUGCGCGGAUCCUGUGGAGCUUUGAUCUGCAGGUUGCGCCAGGGUUUCAUGGGUGGGAUAAUCAGCGAGCAUUUCUGAUUUGGGAGAAGGGGCCUCUUCUUGUGAGAUUGACCCCGAGGGACUGA